AUGCCCUCACUUCAGCCGUACAAAGGUGCUUCCCGCAAAUUGGUCAUUGCGCUCGACGUGGGUACUACAUAUAGCGGUAUCGCGUAUGCCCUUCUCGACCCCGGGGAGGUCCCUAGGAUCCAGGGCGUAACACGAUUCCCGGGUCAGGAAAAUGCGGCGGGUGAUUCGAAAAUUCCGUCUAUCCUGUACUACAACCAGGACGGGACAGUGCGCGCUGUGGGCGCUGAAGCAGCCUUAUCGCACAUGUCAUUGAAUGCUGUGCUCGAGGGGUGGAAUUAUGUAGAAUGGUUCAAAUUACACCUUCGUCCUCGAGCUUUGGAGACUAGGGACGACAUUUUGAAGAAAUUGAAGCCUCUCCCUGAAGGGAAGACGGUUGUCGAUGUCUUCGCUGACUUUCUUGCGUACCUGUAUAACUGUGCACGGAAGUUCAUUACGGAAACGCAUGCGAACGGACAGCGUCUGUGGGCUUCUUUGGAAGACCGGAUCGACUUUGUGCUCAGCCACCCAAACGGUUGGGAAGGAAAUCAGCAAACGAAGAUGCGAUCUGCAGCAAUCCAGGCCGGCCUAAUUCCUGACACCAAGGAAGAUCAUGGCCGUAUCCACUUUGUCACAGAGGGCGAAGCCAGCCUUCACUACUGCGUACAAAGUGGUCUCGUAACGGAGGCCGUCGAGCAAGGACAUAGCGUCAUAGUUGUUGACGCUGGCGGUGGGACUGUGGAUCUCAGUACCUACAAGUUUGAAGACAUGUCUCCUCUAUCUGUUGAAGAAGUGGCAGUCCCCGACUGCAUCGUCCAAGGAUCAAUGUCAGUAAAUGUUAGAGCAGACCGGUUCUUGCAGGACAGAUUGAAAAGCUCGCCGUUCGGCAAUGAGGAAGACAUCCAAUCGAUGCUUGAGAACUUUGAGAAAUCUGCAAAGCCGAUCUUCAAAAAUGCGCACGAGCCGUCCUUCAUCAAGUUCGGGAGCUCUUCUAGUAGCGAUCCUGCCGUCAAAAUUCGCCGAGGGCAGAUGACACUUGCAGGAUCCGAAGUCGCGUCCUUCUUCCAGCCAUCAAUCGAAGCUAUCAUAGACGCUGUUCAAAAACAGCGCCAGGAGGCUCCAUCGUCCACCCCUCUUAGGACGGUAUUCCUCGUUGGGGGAUUUGCGGCUAGCCCCUGGCUGUUCUCACAGCUUAAUUUAUCGCUGCAAACGCUGGGAUUAAACCUAUCCCGUCCAGAUAGACACACCAACAAGGCCGUCGCCGAGGGUGCCAUCUCAUAUUAUCUGAACAAUUGGGUGGCCGUCCGAAUGACAAGGCUCACGUACGGCAUUGAAUGUUCUGCGCACUACGACGAGACAGAUCCCGAGCACUAUAAACGACGUGCAAAAGUGACCACUCGCCCAUCUGGACAUUUGGCCCUGUCUGACCACUACUCGGUCAUUCUGUCCAAAGGUACCCGUGUGCAGCAGGAUCAAGAGAUGGAAGAAUCCUACGUGAAAGAGGUGGAAGAGCCGCAUGCACUAAACAGGAUCUUCUGCGAAAUCAUGGCCUACAGAGGCAGAUCCAAGAAGCCUCAGUGGAUGGACACUGAGCCUGGCAAGUAUUACAAGUAUCCGGGCUUUCCCAGCUAUUAA